AUGGCGGGCGUGGCCAAGCCCAACCCCAAGAUGGGGCAGGCGCUGGGCCCCCUGGGCAUCAACAUGAUGCAGUUCUGCAAGGAGUUCAACGCCCGCACCAGCGCCAUCCGCAACGACGUGCCGCUGCGGGUCAUCGUCUACUCCUUCACCGAUCGGUCCUACGAAAUGCAGAUCAAGCCGCCCGAGACCAGCUGGUUCCUGCGCAAGGCCACGGGCGCAGAGAAGUUCUCGAUGUAUCCGGGCCGCAUGUUCCACACCGAGGUGCCCUACUUCUACAUCGUGGAGAUCGCCAAGAUCAAGAAGUAG